AUGGACCCGAUUGAGCCAUUAACAUUGGGAGAUUUAAAGGCUUUCCCUCUACCCAAAUACAUCGAAGCUCUCCCCACGGCCAAUUUACACGAGUUCCUAGGCGACGAGCUGUUAGUCAAGGGAUACGUCAAGGAGCUCGAGUCGUACCGGAACCACCAAGAAAGAAUAUUAGCGCAAUUGAGGGCGUCACAGCACAAACUUCAAGAACAGAUCCUAGAUGAUCUCAUCCAUAAGUAUAGGAAGAUAGUCGAUCAGAUAAUGGCGCAGAUGAACCGGAUUACGUCACUCUACCAGGAGUACCGGAACUUGGAGAUGUACCAGUACCAGUUGUUGUCGCUGAAUUUCAACCGAGACUUCUUGAUCCGAACCAAGUUUGGCAACUUGAUCAGCCGGAACAACCAGGAACUGAUCGAUCUAGUUAAAAAGUUCCAUAGUAGCGUAGGGGAAGAUGGUGACGUGGAGAACAAAGUCAACGAUUUGGUCACAAGUUUUAGGGCAAGUAGACGAGAAUACCAUUUACGGAAGGAGAAGUUGAAUAGAUGGAACGAAGAAAGACAAGAGCUCAGGCUAAUGAUAAUGGCACCUGAAAAUGCUACAUUGUAG